GAGGAAGGCUGUGCUUCUCUGGUCUCAGCUCUGAUGUCAAACCCCUCACACCUGCGAGAGCUGGAUCUGAGUAACAAUGACCUGAAGGAUUCAGGACUGAAACUGCUCUCUGCUGUACUGGGGAAUCCCCACUGUAAACUGGAGACUCUGAGGCUGUCACGCUGUUUAGUCACAGAGGAAGGCUGUGCUUCUAUGGCCUCAGCUCUGAGGUCAAACCCCUCACACCUGAGAGAGCUGGACCUGAGCUACAAUCACGCAGGAGACUCAGGAGUCAGACUGCUCUCUGCUGCACUGGAGGAUCCACACUGCAGACUGGAGAAACUCAAGCUGUCAGGCUGUGGAGUCACAGAGAAAGGCUGUGCUUCUCUGGUCUCAGCUCUGAGGUCAAACCCCUCACACCUGAGAGAGCUGGAUCUGAGUAACAAUGACCUGAAGGAUUCAGGAGUGCAGCUGCUCUCUGCUGGACUGAGGAAUCCCCACUGCAAACUUGAGACUCUGAGGCUGUCAGGCUGUCUAGUCACAGAGGAAGGCUGUGCUUCUCUGGUCUCAGCUCUGAGGUCAAACCCCUCACACCUGAGAGAGCUGGACCUGAGCUACAAUCACCCAGGAGACUCAGGAGUCAGACUGCUCUCUGCUGAACUGGAGGAUCCACACUGCAAACUGGAGAAACUCAAGUAUGUAGAGAAUUUAUGUCAAUAUUCAUAUCAGGCUAGUUAAGACAAACAUUCUUACCACCACUUGGACAAA